GUUGCCAGCGGGGAAGAUGGCGGCGCCCAGACGGUGAGGCACCUAAUUUGAAAAGAUGAAGGCUGUGUUGUGGAUGCUGAGCCAUUCCGCCUUCUGCUGGAGGAGACCUUUCUGUGGAAGGCACUGUUUACUGAAGCAAAAUGGAAGGCAAGCACUGGGAUGCAACAGAAAUAUUUACAGUGAGACAGGGAUAUGGGAGAGAGAUUAUCGACCUCAAACACGGAAAAGUGUAGAAGAAUAUUGGCAUUCGAGAAUAAAGGAGCAUUAUCAAAUUAUUUCCGAAACUGAUAAAUCAAAGCCAAAGUGUUAUGUGCUUUCUAUGUUCCCAUAUCCUUCUGGGAAGCUCCACAUGGGGCAUGUUCGAGUGUACACCAUUAGUGACACCAUGGCCCACUUCCAGAGAAUGCGUGGAUAUCAGGUCUUGCAUCCAAUGGGAUGGGAUGCAUUUGGCUUGCCAGCAGAAAAUGCUGCAAUUGAGCGUGGCUUGGAUCCAGAAGAGUGGACAAAAAGUAACAUCGCACACAUGAAAGAGCAACUUCAUAGACUUGGUCUGUGUUUUGAUUGGAAUAAGGAAGUGACCACCAGUCAGUUUGAUUAUUACAGAUGGACACAAUUCCUCUUCCUCAAACUGUUUGUGGCUGGCAUGGCUUAUCAAAAGGAAGGAUUGGUCAACUGGGACCCAGUGCAUCAGACAGUGUUGGCAGAUGAGCAAGUGGAUGAAAAUGGCUGCUCCUGGCGCUCUGGGGCAAAAGUUGAACAGAAGUACCUCAAACAGUGGUUCAUAAGGACGACAAAUUAUGCUAAGUCUUUGCUGGAUGCCCUAGAAGACCUUCCUGACUGGUAUGGUGUCAAAGAAAUGCAAGCAAACUGGAUUGGUGCUUGCACUGGAUGCUACUUUGACUUUGAAUUAAAGGUGAAUGGAAAACACAUUGGUGAAAAGCUUGCUGCAUAUGCCUUCUUUCCAGAUGCCAUUUAUGGAGCGUCACAUCUAUCUAUCCUGCCUAGUCAUAGAUUGCUACACAGCAACAGUAAGCUGAAACAUUUGCUUCAAGAGCAAUUCAUAUCUGACACAGAUUGUCAAACUCCAGUCACUGGUGUGAAUCUUUUAAAUGGUCAAGAGAUUCCUCUUGUUAUUUCAGCCAAGAAAGAGUUUGAAGGUCAUCUCGACACUGUCAUAGGUAUUCCAAGUGUUAAUCCAGAAGAUGCAACAGUUGCACAAAAGUUGGGUCUGCCGUGGCGGGAGGUCUUUGAAACUUCACCUGAUGGCACAGAACAGUUACAGAAUUCUGGUGAGUUUACAGGACUAGAGAGGCAGUCUGCAACUCAAGCCAUACUGAAGCGUGCAAGAGACCUUGGAAUUGGUGGCUAUCUUACAAGUCCAAAAAUGCGUGACUGGUUGAUAUCCAGGCAACGUUACUGGGGAACACCCAUUCCUAUCAUCCAUUGCCUGUCUUGCGGCACUGUGCCAGUCCCUUUUGAAGAUCUGCCCGUUCUUUUACCUAAGCUUAAGUCAUUUACAGCCAAAGGAAUUUCCCCACUAUCUGCAGCCUCUGAAUGGUUAAAUUGUACCUGUCCCAAGUGUAAGGGCCCUGCCAAACGGGAGACCGACACCAUGGAUACCUUUGUGGAUUCAGCCUGGUAUUACUACAGAUAUACUGAUCCUCAUAACAGUCAGAAGCCCUUUGACAGUUCAUUAGCAGACUUCUGGAUGCCUGUAGAUCUGUACAUUGGAGGGAAAGAGCACGCUGUUAUGCAUCUAUACUAUGCAAGAUUUAUUAGUCACUUCUGCAAUGAUCAAAACAUGGUCAAAUACAGGGAACCUUUCCACAAACUCCUCGUUCAUGGACUUAUCAAGGGGAAGACCUAUCGGUUGCCAUCGAAUGGCCAGUAUCUGAAGAAAGAAGAAAUAAGUUUCAGUGGCCCUGAUCCAGUUCAUGCUAGGACCUCAGAGAAACUCCAGAUCACCUGGGAAAAGAUGAGCAAAUCCAAAUAUAAUGGCAUUGACCCAGCAGUGGUCGUCCAGCAGUAUGGGAUUGAUACUGUGCGCCUGUAUAUUCUCUACGCUGCCCCUCCUGAGCAGGACAUUCUAUGGGACAUUAAAACGGAUGCCAUUCCUGGUGUGCUGAGGUGGCAAGUGCGUCUCUGGACCCUGGUCACAAAGUUGAUUGAUGCUCGGAGUGCUGGAAUAACCCCCUGUCCGGACCUCCUCAAUGAAAAGGAGAAAUCAGAAGCCAAGAAGUUAUGGCAGAGCAAAAACUACACAGUUUCACAAGUAACCAGCUACAUGACCGAGGAUUUCCUGCUGAAUGCUGCAAUAUCCCGGCUAAUGGGCCUCACGAACACUUUAUCACAAGCUAGUCCUCGAGUAAUUCUCCAUAGCAGUGAAUAUGAAGAAGCUCUAGCUGCCUUGUGCAUUAUGGUGGCUCCUAUGGCUCCACAUCUGGCAUCAGAGUUAUGGAAAGGUCUCUCCAGUGUUCAAAAUAAACUUAUCUCUCACUAUCAGUGGGACACAGAUGUGCUCCUUCAACAAUGGCCAAGCCUGGACCCAAAGUAUCUGCAGCAGCCAGACACUGUGCAGAUGAUAGUAAGGAUCAACAACAAGGUCUGCGGAUCGGUAGAUAUGCCCCAGCAAGUUGUCAAGGAUGCAGAGCGGGUGCAGGAGCUGAUCCUUCAGAGCGAACUGGGGAUCAGGCAGCUGCGGGGGCGCCCCAUCAAGAAAGCCAUCCUGUCUCCCAGGGCCACUCUCAUCAACUUCUUAGUGGAAGAAUAAACUUUCUAGUGAAGCCUUGCCACAGGUGUGAGUAAAAUCAUCACUUUAAAUAUUGGAAGGAUAUUGAGAGCUGCGCCCUCAAAUUAACCAAGAAAGUUGAGUUGAUGGGUUGUAUUUUGCUGCUAUUAGCUGCUUUCUUCAGCCUGGAAACCUUCAGUUAAGGCUGCGACCUACAAGGCAGUGAGAUGCCUCAUCUCCUUGACAAAACCAAAUGAUGUUGAUCAUUCACUCCUCCAGGCUGGAAUAAAGGACAUGUGAUAGAAGACAGUCUGCUGCAUUGAGCAGGAGACUGAAAUUUGAAAAUAAACAAUUGCAGAUGCUGGAAAUCUGAAAUAAAAAUGAAAAGGCUGGAUAAACUCAGCAGAUCAGGCAGCAUCCAUGGAGAGAGAAGCAGAGUUGAUGUUAUAGAUCAAUGACCUUUUGCUGAGUAUUUUCUGUUUUUAUAUGAGACUAAAGUUGUUGGUUUGUGUAAUCAAAGCAUUUUGGGUGUAUUAUUUAACAAGGUUAGACAGUCUCCAAACCAAUGUUCUCCAGUUUUUACAUUCUAAUCAUCUUCAAUUAUUUUGUAAACGCAAUGAACUUCAUUUUAAGUAAAACAAAAUACUAGGUUUUUUUUAAAUGAUGAGGUAAUUAAAUAGUAAUCAAGGGAGUUUUAAGAAGUAAUAUUACUAAAAUUAUAUAUCUGUUAAUUGUUCAUGCAUCUGUCCAUUUUUUUUUUACAUGUUAAGCAAAGUCAUAGUUUAUGAGUGGGAAUGAAACCUCUUCCCCAACCCCAGUUUCUGCAAUCUAUGAAGAGACAACUGCUGUGAUCAUUUGUUUGAUCUGAUUAAAUUUGGUAGUUCUAUGUAACCGAGUGUGUUGUACAUAACCAAAACAGUAAUGGAUACUGGAAAUCAGAAUUAAAACCAGAAAAUCUCAAAAUGCAAAACACGUAGCCAGCAUCUGUGAAGAGAGAACGGUUCAGGUCAGUGAUCAUCAGAGGUCAGGGCAUUGACCUGAAACAUUAAUCCCUUUUGUCUCUGUACUGAAGCUGCGUAACCUGCUAAGUGUACCUACUACUUUUUUUUCCAAUGUUGUUUGAUGUUAUUUGAUCCUAUUUCAUUAUCAGAAAACUGUGAAGAUAAACAUUUUUUUAUUGAUGUAUAUCUGACCAUUUCAUUUUCUGAUCACUAUUGUGGAUCCAAUAAACCUCUAUGGAAUCUCUCGAACACUG